GUCUAGACACUGUCUGGUUGUAGCUGCAACCUCGGCGGUCGCUGGUUUGUAACACCAGCACAUCCCAGUCGGGCGGGGAGAGCCUCUGUGAUUGGCUGAGAAGAGCUCAACGCGAGCUCCUCGGUGGUGCAAGAGAGGAACCGGUGGGCACGGAGCUGUGGGGUAAUUGGUGUAAAAUGGCGCUGUCUCAAGGAACAAAGAAAAAAGUUUGCUAUUACUAUGACGGGGAUGUGGGGAACUACUACUAUGGCCAGGGCCAUCCCAUGAAACCCCACAGGAUCCGCAUGACACACAACCUCCUUCUCAACUAUGGACUUUAUAGGAAAAUGGAGAUCUAUAGACCACACAAAGCCAGUGGUGAAGAGAUGACGAAAUACCACAGUGAUGACUAUAUUAAGUUCCUGAGGUCCAUUCGACCAGACAACAUGUCUGAGUAUAGCAAACAGAUGCAGAGAUUUAAUGUCGGAGAGGACUGUCCAGUGUUUGAUGGUCUGUUUGAGUUUUGCCAGCUGUCAACAGGUGGAUCUGUAGCUGGUGCACUGAAGCUGAACAAGCAGCAGACAGACAUCGCCAUCAACUGGGCCGGCGGACUCCACCACGCCAAGAAGUCGGAGGCCUCUGGCUUCUGCUACGUCAACGACAUCGUCCUGGCCAUCCUGGAGCUGCUCAAGUACCACCAGAGGGUGUUAUACAUAGACAUUGACAUCCACCACGGUGAUGGAGUGGAGGAGGCCUUCUACACCACCGACAGAGUCAUGACUGUCUCUUUCCACAAGUAUGGGGAAUACUUCCCUGGCACUGGAGAUCUGAGGGACAUCGGAGCUGGAAAGGGCAAAUACUAUGCAGUGAACUACCCACUUAGAGACGGUAUUGACGAUGAGUCCUAUGAAGCCAUCUUCAAACCUAUCAUGGCUAAAGUCAUGGAGAUGUACCAGCCCAGUGCAGUUGUGCUCCAGUGUGGAGCUGAUUCUCUUUCUGGAGACAGACUGGGCUGCUUCAACCUCACCAUCAAAGGUCACGCCAAAUGUGUCGAGUACAUCAAAAGUUUCAACCUGCCCCUGCUGAUGCUUGGUGGUGGAGGCUACACCAUCCGCAACGUGGCACGCUGCUGGACCUACGAAACCGCAGUAGCCUUGGACUGCUCCAUCCCCAACGAGCUGCCCUACAAUGAUUACUUUGAGUACUUUGGGCCUGACUUCAAAUUGCACAUCAGCCCAUCCAACAUGACCAACCAGAACACCAACGAAUACCUGGAGAAGAUCAAGCAGCGUCUCUUUGAAAACCUCCGUAUGCUGCCUCACGCCCCUGGCGUCCAGAUGCAGGCGAUCCCCGAGGACGCUCCCCACCCUGACAGCGGAGACGAGGAUGAGGAGGACCCCGACAAACGCGUGUCAAUCCGGGCCCACGAUAAGAGGAUAGCCUGUGAGGAGGAGUUCUCUGACUCUGAGGAUGAGGCGGAGGGCCAGGGAGGAGGCCGCAGGAACGCAGCCAACCACAAGAAGGCAAAACGAGUGAAGAAGGAGGACGAGAAGGAAGGAGAGGAAAAGAAAGAAGUGAAAGAGGAGGAGAAGGAGGAAGAGAAGAUGGACACAUCAGGACCAAAAGAAGAGGUGAAGACAACUUGAGGUCUUGCACAAGGAGAAACGGAUGGUUGUACUAUUGUCCUCAAGCCCCACUGAUUCCUCUAACUGUCCUGCUGCGAAGAAUGGGACCUUUUUUGUAUUCCUGUUUUAUUAUGUGUUCUUAUCAGCAAACCUGGCUUACACUGUAUUAUUUGCAUUUGCUUCCAAGCUCAGUGAAGCACCAGUUGAGCGGUUGUUGCACAGAUGCGGCUCUAAUUCUGUUUCUGAUCUGUUAGCCGAGAGUAAACUCCACCCAACUGGAGCUUUAAUGAAGCAUUAAAAAUAAAUGCCAUGAAUCCUCUGCAGCUGCUGUGUGAACCAGGUCUGCUUUAAUGUGAAGAAAGCCACCCAAGUUGUUACUGUUCCUAUCAUGGCAUUUUACAUUUAAACAUGUUUGUGGGGCACGUGUUACAAAACCUGCAGAGACGUAGAUGACCUCUAAGUCCAGUGCUCACAUGUAAAAAAGGCUUUUCUUUUUAUGAUACUGUUAGAAUAACUAGCAAACUGCUGUUCGGCUUGCUGUGUUAAUUUAUCAGUGAAUGCAUGUUUAGAAUGAUCUCGCCUUUAGCAUGUACAUAUUCCAGUCCCUGAUCUCAGCUCAGUAAGUUAUUUUAAAUCAUGAAGACACAGUAUGUCCCUUUAACCCACCCUGCUAUGGAUAUCUGGUCAGUGUUUUCUUCCUGCAUUGUUUGUAUGAAGUAUGAAUGAAUGGUGUGAGCCUCUGUUGGGAAGUGAAUGACUUGUUUUAGAUAUUUUGUACCAUUAUACAUAAAGAUGGAGUGAGCUGGUUAAAUGGCGCUCUGUAUGUGGUUGUUUGGAGUUCUAUCCUUGUGAAAUGUGCAUUAUCAUAACUUUGAUAUAAAAAUAAAAACCUGAUCAACUUAA